UUUUUGCUGUCCUUUUAUUUUAAAGUUUGCUUUGAAUAUUUUGUUUACGUCAAUUUUUGAUUGAUUAACACGAGCUUCUAAAAGCUGUUUAAACGCAACGUAAAGGUAAUUGUUAUUUUUCAAAAUUUGCGACCUCUUUUUCGUUGGAAGAAACAGAGAAUAGGAACCGAGUAUUUUAUCAAUUUUGUAAGUACAUUAAUUACCAAAGAACCAAACAGUUUCGAACGUUAAUUAGAAGCAAGGAUGCUGGAGAUCAAGCAGAAUUUUAACUCUUUUAACAGCAGCGUAUCGAACAAAUCGAUGGGAGAAUUAAAUGAAUUUUCUCAGAGUUUUGGAACAUUACGUAAAUAUUUUAAUCCAGCGGUCUACGUUGAAACACCUUUAGUAUCAGUAAAUCAAAUGAGAAAGUCCAGUUCUUCAAAUUUACGAAUAAACGAAAAUACACGAAAAAUUAUUAAAAUCAAAAAGUGCGUUUGUUUCACGGAUCCAGAGAAUUGUACUCAUUCUUUAACGUCAAUGAAUUCGCUGACUAAUCUGCAGGCUUGUAAAGACUUAUGUGGAACUCACGGUCAGCCACGUCCCACAAUUAAAUUUUCACCCUCAAGUUCUACCAUUGAUGACGAUAAACAAUCCUAUACAGUGGAUCAAGUAAUAACAGAUAAGGAUAAAGCACAAGAACACCAAGGGAGCGAAAACGAGAGUUUUUCAUUUGAAUUUGAAGCGAUGGAACGAUCAAAUCCGAACGAUUUAUCAACGCCAUAUGAAGACGAUAAAGUCAAACAAGAGGCUUUUCGACGGUGGCUCAUCAAAAAGGAAGAAGAGAAGAAAAGGAAGAAAAACGAAGAAGCUAGCAUGAAGGAUCUAAAAGAAGAGGAAAAAAAACAACAUUUAGAGAAGGAAAGGGAGAACUUCGCUAGAUGGCUAUCGAACAAAAAGCAAGAGGAAGAAAGAAAAAAGAUGGAAGAAGAGAAAAAGAAAAAGGACGAGAUGGAAAAGAUGGAAGUGAAGAAGUUUCGGACAACGGAAUGCGAUCUCAGGUACAAAUUGUGGCUGAAAAAGAAAGAACAGGCAGAGCUUGAUCGAAAAAUCAAGGAACAGAUGAAAAUAAUGAAAAUAACCGAAGAAAAAGAAAGAAAAAAGGCCCUCAAUGAAAAGGCAUAUCAAGACUGGCUGAGAAGAUCAAAAAAUAAACCUAAACCGUUACCACUCAAUCAAGGAUUAGAAAGUUUAAAAUCAUCCCUCUCGGUGACAUAUAUAAAUCCAACUCCAUGGAAUCCCAAUAUUCCUCAAAAUUGCAAACCUAUUUCCAAAUAACAAUCUAACAAACUAUCUAAUCUACUAUAUCGAAUGCAUAUUUUCAAAAUGUAUUUCUUUUAAUGUAUACUAUUCAUUAAAUAAUGAAUCGCCAAAAUAUAAUAAACAUUA